ACGCUGGUAAGCGGAGAGGCGCAACACACUCGACAAUAGUCCGACACACACAACACCAUGAGCAAGCUGCUGGCGAUCGUGGUCCUCUCGGCGGCGGUGGCCGCCGUCCUGGCGCAGCAGCAGCAGCCCCAGGUGACCAUCACCAAGUACUCCUUCACGCCCAACACAGGCAACGGCGAGUACUCGUUCGAGUACGAGCUGAGCGACGGCUCCGCCCGCUCCGAGCAGGGCGUGCUGCAGAACGCCGGCACCGAGAACGAGUUCCUGCUCGUGACGGGCUCCUUCAGAUGGACCUCCCCAGAGGGCCAGGUGACGCAAGUGGACUACACUGCUGACGACACGGGCUACCACCCGAAGGUUCAGAUCCAGGGUGGCGGCAUCGGUGGCGGCGGACCCUCCGCGGCCCUCGCUGCCUCCCUCAUCGGCUGAGCCAACAGGCUGAGCAUCCCCGGCGCGGCCGACACUCCACCCGACCAGAGCUCAGCCCGCCGCCGGCCUCCGACCCGACUCCGAGCUUUGGCCGGGUAGACUGGCGACGCAGGCGAGUGCCUCUUCUGCCCCGUGACGAGACCGGCGCCCCGCUGCACCGUCGGCUCGUAGCUCCCCCAAGUCCCCCCUCCUGCCCUGCCUGAGCCGACGGUGCCCCGCGCGCCCUCCCCGUCCAGCAUUGUAACAGUGCCCCACCCUGGUCGCAGCGCUGGCCACCCACCCCCACCGAGUACCUGCCGAACACAAAUAAAAGUCACACCCCAAACCACA